GAAAGCAAAAAGGUUGGGAGUCUGUGAGGGGAGGAAGGGGGGUAGCGACGAAUUGAGAAGGCGAGGCGGCAGCGACCACCGGUGGAUCCCCCCCAGCAUGGCCUCAUCCUCUACACCUAGAUGUAAUUCAAACUCUUUGGAGAAUUCCAUUAAAAAGCCUAUAAAAGAUGGAACUAACUGGGAACACAAUGAAGAAAUACCUCGUAUACCAGGGGAAAUGAGAGUCACAGAUAAGGAAGUCAUUUACAUUUGUCCGUUUAAUGGCCCCAUUAAAGGAAGAGUGUACAUAACGAACUACAGACUGUACUUAAGAAGCGUGGAAUCGGAUCCUGUUGUGGUAUUAGAUGUCCCUUUGGGUGUAAUUUCAAGGAUUGAGAAAAUGGGAGGAGCUUCAAGUAGAGGAGAAAACUCAUAUGGAUUAGAUAUUACUUGUAAGGAUAUGAGAAAUUUGCGCUUUGCAUUGAAACAAGAAGGUCAUAGCAGGAGAGAUAUAUUUGAAGUCUUGACCAAAUAUGCUUUUCCACAAUCGCAUAACUUGCAAUUUUUUGCGUUUCUCAAUGAAGAGAAGUUUCCUGAAAAUGGUUGGCUGGUUUACAAUCCCAUGGUUGAAUACAGGAGACAGGGUCUGCCCAAUGAACAGUGGAGAGUAACAUUUCUCAAUGAACAUUAUGCACUGUGUGACACAUAUCCCUCACUUUUGGUGGUGCCGUAUAAUGCCACAGAUGAAGAUCUCAAGAAAGUAUCUGCUUUUAGAUCCCGAUGUAGAAUACCAGUUUUGUCGUGGAUACACCCAGAGAACCAGGCAGUCAUCACACGUUCCAGCCAACCACUUGUUGGUAUGAGUGGCAGAAGAAACAAAGAUGAUGAAAGGUAUCUGGAAAUCAUAAAGGAAACUAAUGGCCAAAUCUCAAAACUGGCUAUCUAUGAUGCAAGGCCCAGUGUAAAUGCUGUAGCCAAUAAGGCAACUGGUGGGGGGUAUGAAAGUGAUGAUGCAUAUCCCAAUGCAGAGCUGUUCUUCCUCGAUAUCCACAAUAUUCAUGUCAUGCGAGAAUCCUUAAAGAAGUUGAAGGACAUUGUUUACCCUCAUGUGGAGGAAUCACAUUGGCUGUCCAGUCUGGAGUCCACUCACUGGCUUGAGCAUAUCAAGCUAGUCUUGACAGGCGCCAUUCAAGUAGCAGACAAAGUGUCCUCUGGAAAGAGCUCUGUCUUGGUGCACUGCAGUGAUGGUUGGGACCGUACCGCACAACUGACAUCUCUGGCUAUGUUGAUGUUGGACAGCUACUACAGAACAAUUGUGGGCUUUGAAGUCUUGGUGCAAAAGGAAUGGAUAAGCUUCGGACACAAGUUUGCAUCGAGAAUUGGCCAUGGAGACAAAAAUCAUGCUGAUGCUGACAGAUCACCCAUUUUCCUCCAAUUUAUUGACUGUGUCUGGCAGAUGUCUAAGCAAUUUCCGACAGCUUUUGAAUUCAAUGAGCAAUUUUUGAUUACUAUUCUGGAUCACUUGUACAGCUGCCGCUUUGGUACAUUCUUGUAUAGCUGUGAUUCUGUGAGAGAAAGAGAGAAGUUGAGUGAAAAAACUGUAUCUCUGUGGUCCCUGAUAAACAGUGCAAAAUCAAAGUAUACCAAUCCCUUUUAUACUAAAGAACUGAAUCGUGCUCUUUAUCCAGUUGCAAGUAUGCGCCAUUUGGAACUCUGGGUCAAUUAUUAUAUUCGAUGGAAUCCGAGGAUUAGACAACAACAGCAGAAUCCUGUGGAGCAGCGCUACAUGGAGCUACUGGCAUUGCGUGAUGAUUACAUGAGACGGCUAGAAGAACUGCAAAUAACAAACAAUCCAAAAAUUUCCAAUUCAUCUUCCUCAUCCUCUUCCUCUCAGAUGAUGCCCCACGUGCAAACUCACUUUUGAGGGAGAAUCGGUUGGCUUUGUGUGUGUGUGUGUGUCCUCAUAAGUGGUGCUUAUUCUGCUGUAACGGACAAGAGAAAACAUUGAUGCCUUAUGUAUAGCUUCUUCCUGAACUCUCGGUCCCUAGAAGAGAGGGUUUGUACACAAGUGGGCUUUUCAAAUGGAUUUAUGUGCCUUUCAAAACGUAUGACCUGGGAACAUUAUCUAACUAGCAGUCAGAAUAUUUUUAAAAGCUGCGUAUUCCCCUCCCCCUUAUACUCUGUGCAGAAUCCAAAUCUAUUUAGCUAAAUCGUUUCCAUUAAUAAGUAUCACCACCCAAGAGGAGCAUGAAUUCAUUCUCCUCUAGGGACACUUUCCUGCUCAGACUUAAAAUGCACGUUUCAGAUACUGAGUGAAGUGCCAUUGAUGCUGUUGGGGGCUUUGCACAACCACUUGCGCACAUCUUUGGAGCAUCAUCGUCCUAGAGAAAUUUGAAGAAGAAAGUGAACUGCAAAGUUACCUUGUGUUCACAAAACAUAAUUUUGAGGAGCAAUUACUGUGUGAAUUCUAGUUUCUUGCAGUUAUUGCAGUGCUGGCAAUAAGCUCUCACAGCAGAAAUUUCCUGAAAAUGUGUGCCUAUUCAGAACAGUAGCCUUAUUUCCAAAGUAGAUUAACAUUUGAGAUGAGACAUAGUGGCCUCUGUGUAUGUGUGUGUACCCUCAUCCCUUAACAGAGUAGUAUUUUAUGAAGUAUAUUAAAUUUAUUUACAGAAAAUAAGUAAGCGCACUGAAAGAGAAAUUUUGUAGCUCUUUAGUUUGCUGUCUUCAUGAAAGUCUCCUGUCAAAUUUUAUAAUUUGUUCCUUUCAGGAAUCUUUUACAAAUGUUAUAAGCACUUGAGAAGCCAGCACAGACCUUACAACUUGAUAUUUUAAUUUGUGGUUUGCUUAGGACAGAGUUGGCCAACCUGUGAUGCGCCAGAUGUUCAUGGGCUGCAAUUCCCAUGAGCCCCUGCCAGCAUGGCCAAUUGGCCAUGCUGGCAGGGGCUGAUGGAAAUUGUAGUCCAUGAACAUCUGGAGCGCCAUAGGUUGGCCACCCCUGGCUUAGCAUUUAAAAUUUUAAACGGUAUUUGGUCCAUUCAGAACAUCAUGAAGCAUAGGAUUUACAAAGGAUUGUUCAUAGCUAAUGUGAUUUAUUUUUAAAGUAUUUGACUCCUUUAGGGUAUUUGCCAUUUGUAAAUUAUUGUACAUGUAACCUACAAAAUAUAUGGUGGUGCAAGGAUAUUAUAGGAUGUGUAAAUUAAAUAUAAAUGUAUUAAAUAUACAGCCUUUUUUGUAAAGUGUAAAUAUUUUGGGUUUGAAGUUAGUCAGUCCAUAAAAUGCUAUAAAUUUCUUAAUUUUAGAGGGCAUUGGAAUAUUUUAGAAAUAGUAUUUUUUCAUUGCAAGAAAAAUGGAGCACAUUAAUACAGUAAAUGGUAUAUUAAGAAAUUUGCACUACCUUCUUCAGGAAUAGACUGAAGUAGUUACUAGUAACAAGUUCAGCUUGCUAAUGCAUGAUUUGAUUUUCACUUGGUAUUUGUCCUCUAAAUUUCAUUCUCUGGUAACUUACCUCUUCUGUAUCUCAGUGCACAUAUAGAUGGUUUGUUCCUAAUAGAGACAAAUCUAAAACAUUAAAUAAGUAACUUGAAUGACAAGGACAUUCACAUUUAACUCAUCAGCUGGUUUUAAUUCUGCAGCUGAGAAUCUAUGCAGACUCUUAUAUUGUUUGCUUGCAGUUUUCAAUAUGCUAUUACUUAUCACAACCUGGGCAGCCCAAUUCACAGCCCCAGGCAGCCAGGGAUGCUCGGGCUUCUGUGCCAUCUCCAGAGGGCUUUCUGGCAGUGUGGUGAGACAAAAAAACCCAAAACCUGCCACUGGAAAACCCUCCAUAGGGCUUGAUGGACUUAUGCCAUGCAAAAGGGUGGCAUAAGUCUGAGCCCUGGACCAUGGGGUGACUGCCCACAAAGCCAGGGUGAAUGCCUCUGGCUGUGCUGAUAGGGCCCACAGCAGUGCAGCACUGACAUGAUGCUUAGCAUCCCAGAGGGCCAUGGCCCCCACCCGGCGGUGUGUUUGCCCCUCUGCCAGGGUAAGUACCCUGGGGAGGGGAAAUCUGCCAGCAUAGGCCUCUGCCACCUCCACAAGUCAAUUUGCUCCUCCCCCCAGACCGGGCCUUAAAGCAUUUUGUUGGUUAUAUACCUACAAGAAAUGUGUGUGCAUUUUGUCUUUGCAUUCUGCCAUGUAUGGACAAGUUGAUAUUUUGCUUGCUUUUUCUAAGUAAAACACUACGUGCUCAACUGAGAUGCAUGUGGAGUGCAUGUGGAGAAAUAUUGUAAAACGAGUUGAAUUCAUUUGCCUUCUCAUUAGCUGUCACCACUGCAGGUGAUGCUGCAUUUUGAUUUUUGUAUAGUUAAUAUUAUUUGGGAAAGUAUAACUUGAUGAGAGUUCACUUGUAUGUGUGUGUGUUUUUUUAAUACCUGCUUAAGUCAUGAAAUAAUAAAAAAAUCCACUCCUCCUC